GCGAAAGCUGGCGAAAGUGCGAAACGGCUCUGUCUAUCUAUCGGAUCAUGUAUCGGACCACGAGUUUGGUUAUGGCGUGUUUCUGCAGUCUGCUAUUGCGAUAUUGCGAGUGAACAUGUAUCUGGCACGAGCACUGCGGUAAUCGGAACGGCGUAUUUAGUAAGUUAUUGGAAAAGAGAUGCCGCUUGACGUUCAGUGGCCUCUUCCGAACCUCAAUCAGCCGAGCAAACUAUGGCAGCUCGGAAGUUCGUUCGUUGUACCUGCUGUCGGAGCCCUCGCCAAAUUGUUUCAUGAGCCUCGAUGUCUUAAGCGGGCGAGGACCUCUGGCAGGGCAUUGCCCAGACCAGGAUGGUUCCAUACAGUGAACGUGUACAACAAGGAAGUUCUACUGAAUGCCAUCGACAACCGGCCUAAGGACGUACCUCUAAUCACUGUGUGCAACCACCAUUCUUGCCUGGACGAUCCUUUCUUGUGGGGAAUGCUGGAAUGGCGACACAUAGUCCAUCAGACCUGCAUGCGGUGGAGUGUGGCUGCGCAUGACAUCUGCUUCACAAACGAGUGGCACUCUCGCUUCUUUGGCAUGGGCAAGACCGUGCCAGUGUGCAGAGGGGAAGGAGUGUUUCAGAGGGGGAUGGACUACUGCGUGGAUCUUCUCAACCGGGGCAUGUGGGUGCACAUCUUUCCCGAGGGGAAGGUCAACAUGGUUACUCAAGAGUUCUUGCGGCUCAAAUGGGGAGUUGGGAGGCUGAUCGCCGAGAGCAAGAUGUGUCCCAUUGUCGUUCCUUUCUGGCAUGUUGGAAUGAAUGAUGUCUUGCCAAACAAGGAGCCAUAUGUUCCACAGUGGGGUCAGCUGGUCACAGUGAUGGUGGGAAAGCCCAUAGACUUCUCUCACGUACGCCUAAAGAUGAAUGCUGAAAACAAGAGUGCGAUGGAGCAACGCAAGGCUUUCACAGACACCAUCCAGGAAGAAUUUGUUCACCUCAAAGGUCAAGCAGAAGCACUGCACCAACUUAGUGUUCCAUCUUCUUAGUGGUUUAGCACGAAAAAGGAAUUCCCCGAAGCAUUUUGUGAGCAAGGGAACUCAGCAGGUGAUAUGGACAGAUAGCAUGUCAUUCCUAGUACUUCACAAUGACCGUCCUCAUCUUUGGAAAGGUUGAUACAUAUAUCAUGUGCGGUGUCAUGUGUUUACAUGGCACUCUGUAUAGUGCUGCGAGAAAGGACACCGAGAGAACUGAUUUUAACGUCUGUGUCCCAGUUUGUCCCUGGGUUUCUUUUUUUUUUUUGGUAGCAUGAUUGUCACUUCUCUUUUGGUGCUUGCAAGAGUACUUGUGUUUCAACAAGCAUGUGAAACCAACGGCUAUUGAACAUGUGUGUAGCGCCACCAAGCGCGUAAUAUGUCAACUACCCAAAGAGCAUUGGAUCCGAUGCUCUUUGGGUAGUUGACACGUUGCACGCUAGGUGGCGCUACACACAUAUUCACUGACCAUUGCCUUCAAUGAUCAAUUAAGUCUGCCCAUGUAACAGGGAUCUUACUGCCCUCUGGAGAACAGUGGGUCCAUUGGAGUUGAUGCACUUGGGAACGUGUUGAGAGAUCGUUGCAGCAUUUUGCACUCAUGUUCACACAAGGUCAGUCACGCAGUUUAGUAUCCACGUUAGUAAACACAUUCAUAACUAGGACCUAACCUUUUCGGGUUAUACUUUUUUGACUGUUUUUUGACUGUUUAUAUUUUUCAGGAAUGUUGGGGUGGUAAAUAUCGCUUUAUAUUUUGUUUCGAUGGUUUGGGUGUGCUCGGGUUUAACUGAACCUGAUUCAACCCAAUUUUAGUGUAAUCGGAUUGAAUCAGGUGUAAAUCUUCGGCUUACUCAGCAUAAUGGAUAUGACAGACACAGAGUAUCAAUAUUUAGUCCAUGCAUCUAAGAGGCAGCAGGGUCUCUGUUUUGACAGUUUGUAUGAGCACAUUUAUGCAUUUACAACACAAUUUCCAAACUUCUGUGUUGGUGUUGAUGACUUCGGCUUCCCCUGGUCCAGUAGUUUUUGGGGAAAUAUCGAGUUAAACCCUACUUUUGCUGCUUUGAAUUUGGGGAUAUCGGGUGUAAUCUGGUAUAACCCUAAAAUGUCAGGUCCUAUUCAUAACAUAGUAAAAACAUGUUAGGCUGUACUUAAAACGUGGAUCGUCUGUCCAAAAAUGGCUGCUGCUGCCAGAGGUGGUUCUUAUCCUUGUACCUUGCCUGUCGCGACUCUUGUGUAUGCAGGGUCUCCAAGCCUGCCACAUUAGGGGCAGGCGUUUGCCCUCUAUGGUCGUGGCUGUAAAAUGUUGCAAAAGGUUCCUGUGCCUGUUAUUGCAUAGAUAUUUUAUAAUGUGUUUUCAGACAAAUGUUCCUGCUUUUUAGUGACAAGAAUGCACGUGACCUUGUGGCAUCCUUGUUUGUGCUGGUACAGGACCUCGUUUAAAGCACCUUGCCAAGACGUGUUUUUAGUAGAGAAUCAAGUUUCGAAGCAGCGUGUGUGGUGCACACAUUUUUAUGCUUACUUUAUCAUUUACAUCAUCUCAUUUUGCAUUGCCCAUCUUCAUUCUUGUUGGUGUAGGGUAAGGUAUGAUAACUUUCACCUUUUGUCUGUGUUCAGAGGGUGCCCCAUGAGAUGUGUCUUUGGUACACUCAUAAGAUUGAGAAAUUAGUUGCAAGACUCAACGCUCUACUCAAGUAAUGCAUGUAAUAAGUAGGGCUCUUCGUUUUAGGGUUAAACCUGACUUUUCAUGUUAGUUCCCCCCCUCCCCCCCGAACAGAUUGCCGAGAAUUUGGGUAAAACCCGAUAUCUACCCGAAAUCCUUGCGGUCCUUCAAGUUGUCGUUCUCAGUAAACCGUCGGGCAAAGUGAAUCAUAAUAUCAGCAAAGAGAGCUACUUUGUGACAACGCAUUUUUCCUCCUUUUAUGAUUCUCUCCUGCAGGAGUCAAGGACGAGCUCUUCUGGAGCUCGGGCAAGUGUUUGUCAGUGGUAAUUCACUGCUUAGUUCUGAGCGCAUUUAUAUAAGGAGUCUUGUUCCUCGUCCCAGUGUCACAGCAGUGGCUCGUUUCAUAUGCCUUUCGUUUCGUUUCACCCGAAAAUUCCCUGGUGGCAUAUCAAACAGAGAUCAAAGUGUGCGAUUUCUCCCCGAAUUCUUCUGCGUAAAUAGCACCCGGUCUUUCCGUCCCGAAUUUGAAAAAUCAUAAAACCCGAAAAUGAAGAACCCUAGUAAUAAGUGAUCGAAAAUGAACUUUGCUCCGAGCACUGCAUUGACACAUUUCCACCUGAAGUGUGCUUUUGAGCUUCUGUUAGGAACGCAGCGGCAGGACAAUAGUUCUGUUAGACUCGAAGCUGGGUGUCAGUGGAAAAUCUAUGCUAGUAUUAUUGUUAAUCAGGAUUUCAAAAAGCAAUUGCCUCCAUGAAACACAUCUUGCUUUGUUAACUACAGGCAUUCUACACUGUCUUUGCAUGCAUCUAGAUUAACACGCAAAUCUCAAUUAGUGCACUUAGGCCGGACAUGUGAUGUCACCUUCAAGUUGUUCACAUUCUGCAUGUCAUUGGAUUUUCAUUGGAUUUUGGAUUUUCAGGAACAUCUUAUAGGGCUGUGUUAAUACAUAGUCCAUUCUUUUGCAUGGAAUGCGCACUGAGUAGUGGUAGUUGACAAGUCAAAUAGAAACCGCAUUGGGUGCUAAGAUGUCUUUUUCCGUCUUCAUCUUUUAUCUUCAUGAACAGAGGCAGUACAAUUAUUGAAAGGAACUACCUUAAACACUCUGAGGAUAUCUUUUUGUGAGGGUAAUUUUAUGCCUUGACUGUAUUCCACUCUAAAAGCCCACAUAAAAUUUAACGCACAUUUUUACGUACAAUAAUUAAAAACUGUCCGUUCUUGUGUGGCCCUCCCUACAAUUCAUGCGUGUUUCUGUUUAAUGUGUUAGUUUUCAGAUUGAGAGUGAUCUUCAGAGCAUACUGGUUUUCAUGGAACAUGAUGAUGGAAUGAUGAUGAUGCAUCGUUUACGUUCAUCAUGUAAUGGCAGCUCUGCAUGAUUAUGGCAGUGUGCAUAUUUCUCCUGGUGCCAGUCUCACCGAAUAUGAAGUUGACUAGAAGUGUUUGAAGAGGCAGCCUGGAUGUUUUUAACACUACUGUACAAUUCAACCUUUGAAUUGAAUGUGUCAGUGUUUGACUUGAUGUUAGAAUUACAUAUCUUCCACAGCCCUAGCACAGUUCCUGGUGUAGCACUGAAAUGCGCCACCAGCACAUAUUGGGGAGUACUUUUGUUUUACAUUGUUUUAUUUUUAUUUCAUUGAAGUUUGACAUUGACAGCUUUAUUGAAACAACGGUUUGCAACCGAACUAAAAGUGAGAGGCUAUUUUCGUGUGGUUUCUUAUGGUGAUCCGUACCACCAUUCACGAUAUGGUGAAAAAAUACGCACCUAGUUAUUCCGAAUUCAACUUUUGUAGGCUCCAGUACCAUUGCUUUUGACAUCCCUGUAAACUGAAAUUGCAGUGUGCAACCGAGUGUUGUGUGGCUUGUGUUGUGCCUUUGUCUGGCAUUGUCUGGCAAACAUUUUCUCGCUUUUCCUCUGCAAAGCAUCAAAGUCACCAGUUCGCACGCCCAAUCUUGCAUAGCCGUUAAAGUGAAACCAAAUAUGCAUGUGCGGUUUGAUUUUUUUUAAAGAGAUGGGACGAAUGGCGAAUUUUCCGAAUCCGAAUCCGAAUCCAAGGAAGGUUCUGCGAAUCCACGAAUCUUUCAAAUCGGGGGAAUCUUUCGAAAAAGACAGGGGGAAAAAAGCACUUCUACUGAAAAGUGUUUUGAAGCAGAAUUUGAUAUUUUUGUUAACAAAAAAGAGAAAAAAAUUACAUCUUAGUUCACUUUCACGAGCAAAUGUACCCAUAUAGUGCUUCUUCUUAAAGGAAGUUUAUUUAACACGUUGUUCGUCAAAGAGAGGAAAUACAUAAACUGAUUUUGGAGCGCCCCGGGCCCGCCAGCCACUCAGGUUUCGGUGGGCUCCAGAGGCGCCAAUUAAAAAAACAAAAAACAAAACGGGAUUGGUGGAUUAGAAAUAUUUGAUUCCCCGUUUUGGGCACUGGGAUUUGGAUUCCCGAAUCUCGAAUCCCUGCCUGCUUAGCAUUCGAGGAUUCGCAGAUUUGAUUAGCCCAUCCCUAAUUUUUUUUUUAUACCUUGAAAGCUAGGAGCCCAUAUUUAAUAAAUUUUUGUUUGUGGCAUCAAUUCUCAAUCAAAAACGACUGCCGUCGUCAACUCUGGACUGUCCUUUCAAUCAUGGUCCUCCCUGGUACUGGUUUCCUCCCUAAUCUAAGUUUGUUAUUGUCAAGUGUAGAACUUUCAAAAGAGAGGAGUGUUUUAUAUCUUACCAUUGUUGACUGUUAUUAUUUGAGCUAGGCUCUUCUACCAAAGCAGUCUUGUAUCUGUCAAUAUUAUUAAAGAAUCAUGGAGACUAGUUCCCCCCUCCGAUAGGUACGCUGUCGGACGUGCACGUAGUGCUCAGUGUCAGUACAUUUAGUGAGACAUGUCAUGUGACAUUGUUGUACAAGUUUAUUGUUGCAUAAAUUAUUGUACAAUCAAAAGCACUUUAAUAAAUCUAAGUUGUUGUUUCACAG